GAGAUAGUCAUCAGAAGCAUUAAACGUAUAACAAAUGUGGAAAAAUUGUGGAAAAACGUUCAUUAUAUGUGUAGUUUUUGUUUCUUACAUAAAAAACGGUAACGGGAAUGGAAUUUACCAUGUAAGUUUAAGAGGUGACAAUUCGAUCAAACUUUACUGGUCUUUGGACUACAAUUCCGAAACUGUAAUUUUUGAAAUUCACAUACCUUCUGAUUAUGGUUGGUUCGCUAUUGGAUUUUCAGACAGAGGAAAUCUUUUUCCUUCAGAUAUCUGUUUAUUAUGGCGAGACUUAAAAGGAAUAUCCCACCUAAAGGAUGCAUAUGUUGAUGAAAAUGGAGUGACUCAUAAUGACAAACAAGAAGACUGUAACAAUUUCAAAAUCAAGAGAAAUGGCAAUAUUACAAAAUUCGCGUUUGAAAGAAGAUUCGACACAUGUGACCAACAAGACUACAUUAUUGAGGAAGGCACAACCCAUAUUGUGUGGUCGAGAGGGAAUCAUAAUCUAUAUAAGCCAGAAGGUAUAAAUAUCAGUUUUACUCCUGAUAAUCAUGGAAUGGUAAGAGUAAAUCUUCUGAAAAAUACUAAAGUGAACUAUUAUUUGCCAUCUCACGUGAAGAUAUUCGAUUUUCUAAAUGAUAAAGUGGAAGUUCCUGCUGAAGAAACUACAUAUUGGUGUCGAAUUAUCAAACUACCAGAAGAAUUUAAGAAAAAGCAUCAUAUUUACCAAUAUGGAGCUAAUAUUCAAGAAACCAGUGAAGGACUUGUACAUCACAUGGAAGUUUUUCACUGUCAAACAGGAGUCGAUGAAGAAAUUCCAUUAUACAAUGGAGAUUGCUUUGGAAAAAAUAGACCACCGAAAACACAAGUUUGUAAAAGGGUUUUAGCAGCUUGGGCUAUGGGUGCACCACCAUUUAAAUAUCCCAAGGAAGCAAGUUUACCUAUUGGAGGAGAAAACUUCAAUCCUUAUAUUAUGUUGGAGGUACAUUAUAACAAUCCGGAUUUAAGAACAGGUAUAAUAGACAGUUCUGGGAUUCGAUUUCACAUAUCUUCAAAACUAAAAGAAAUGGAUGCUGGAGUUAUUGAACUAGGCCUGGAAUACACUGACAAAAUGGCAAUUCCUCCAGGACAAGAUUCAUUUUCUCUAACUGGUUACUGUAUCAGUUCAUGUACAGCUAUGAGUUUGCCUGUCAGCGGGAUAACAGUUUUUGGAUCACAACUUCAUACUCACUUAACAGGAAUUCGAGUUGUCACAAGACAUUUUGAUGCAUAUGGAAGAGAGUUGCCAGAAUUGAACAGAGAUAACCAUUUUAGUACUCAUUUUCAAGAAAUAAGAAUUCUCAAGUCACCCGUACAAAUCUUACCGGGACACACGUUAAUCACCAAAUGCGAUUAUAAUACGAAAGAUAGAGAAAACAUAACGCUUGGAGGAUUUAGCAUAAGUGACGAAAUGUGCGUGAAUUAUAUUCAUUAUUUUCCAGCUAGUGAACUAGAAGUAUGCAAAAGCUCCAUUAGUGAUCAAGCCUUGCAUACAUUCUUUAGAUACAUGAACGAAUGGGAAAACCAAUAUACCUUACCAGAUAAUGGAAUUUCUGAUAACUAUAAAGCAAUCAAAUGGAACAGGAUGAGGAUACAGCUUCUAGAUGAAGUUUACAACGAGUCUCCAAUAAGCAUGCAAUGUAAUAUGUCGAGUGGUGACAGGUUUCCUGGAUAUUGGGAAAAUGCACCUCUGCCAUAUUUAUCUACUACUCUUGGCCCUCCUCCUAGAUACUGUGACAAAAAGUUUAAGUAAAAAAACAUGGAAAACAAUCCAAAUAAAUAUAUAAUCUGAAA